UGUACUGCACACACACACAAACACACGGCUGAGGCAGUCUAAACCCUGUACACGCACAGCAGCAGGAGAGGUAGCUAGCUUGGUAGCUUGGUAGCCAUGGCGAAGAAGGCCGCGGUUAUCGCCACGCUGCUGGCCCUGAACCUGCUCCUCUUCACCUUCGCCGACGCCUGCGGCUGCCACUGCGGAUCCUGCCCUAGCCCCGGCGGAGGGGGCGGCGGUGGGGGUGGCGGUGGAGGUGGGAGCGGUGGCGGUGGUGGUGGGAGCGGUGGCAGUGGAGGGAGCGGUGGAGGCGGUUCUGGAGGAGGCGGCAGCAGCGGAGGCGGAUCUGGAGGAGGCGGCAGCGGCGGAGGCGGAUCAGGAGGAGGUGGCAGCAGCGGCGGCGGGUCCGGCGGUGGCGGAUCGGGAGGAGGCGGAUCAGGCGGGCGCGCGCGGUGCCCCAUCGACGCGCUGAAGCUGGGCGUGUGCGCCAACGUGCUCAACGGGCUGAUCAACCUGCAGCUGGGGACGCCGCCGAAGCAGCCGUGCUGCUCGCUGAUCCAGGGCCUCGCCGACCUGGAGGCGGCGGUGUGCCUCUGCACGGCGCUCAAGGCCAACAUCCUGGGCAUCAACCUCAACGUGCCCAUCGACCUCAGCCUCCUCGUCAACUACUGCGGCAAGAACGUCCCCUCCGGCUUCCAGUGCCCCCGCUAGAAGAGAAGACCCGAGAGAUCCAUCGUCCACAGCAGGCAUCCACUAUACGUACGUACGUGCAUGCAUGCGUACACCAGCUCGCAUGCAUGAUCUACGAUCCAUCCAUUGACUAGUACUCUAUAGCUAGUCGUAUACGUUAUUUGCUUCAUAAUUUAUCAUCGCUCUUGCUAGUUGCAUGCUAAACUUUACAUGUGUGCUCGUGUCUCUGUGUGUGUGUGUGUGUGGGGUAGUAUCCUUUGAACUACUGCUUGUCAUCGAACUAGGCCACGGUACUGUAUGGACCAUGGAUCGAGUUCUCAGCCACAUAUGAUCUCAUGCUUGUACCGCUGCCUGCUACUAUUAUAUUUGCUUCAAAAGGAGGUUGCUCCUCCUACAAUUGUAAUAAAGUAAUUAAUAUCACAUGUCAACUUUCAGUA